ACGGAAUCUGACUUGAGGGGUCUUAUUUCAUCGUUCCGUGAAGGUCUUGAACUAUACCAAACCACAUUGAGCUCGGCAGAUGCUAUUUCCAAAGUAAAAUCAUCAAAUGUUGAAGAGCCAGAUCAAGAACUUCUAAAGAUAAGUAAGCUCUUGUUUGCACAUGCAACAAAAUUGGGUAUAGUUUUCAAACCUCAAGUCUCUACAAAUGCAGCUUAUAAACAAAUGAAAGAGACGUCGGCAGUUUUCUUAUUAUUAAUUUCAUUAAUCGGACAGAUAAAGCCAGACGUUUAUAGUGAAAUAUUUUACAUUGAAGUUAUUGAGACUAUUAAAAAAAUAAUAUCAUCUCAUAUUUUAUUUCUUAAUGAAGUUGAAGAGUUGGAUUUCAAUAAACCAGCUGGUGAAGAUGAUGACACAAAAACAACAGAAGGUAGAUUGGUUUCCGUGGGGAUGAUAUGGGAUAAUUGUAAAGCAUUAGAUGAAUUAGUGAAGGGGGGAAAACUAGGAUUAUUGAACAAAAAAUUGAAAGAGUCUAUUGGCCUUAUUGAUGAUGCUAUAAGUGAAUUUUCCGAGUGGGUUGAAGAUCCAACCGUUGUUGACGAUGAAGAUCCAUUUGGGUUGGAUAGUGAUUUUUCAGAUGAUGAAAAAGAGGAAAAAGAAACACCUGAAAUAGAUCCACAAACUCUAGAAUUUGCACAAAAAUGGUUAUCAAAAGUUAAACUUGUUAAGCUGUUGAUUUCUUCACUUUCAAAAUCAUUACCUUCCAAUAAUUCACAAAUUUCCGGUAAAGAAACUGAUGAAGUUAAUUCGCAACAAAAUGGUAUAAUAGAACAAGUUGAUGAAUUAUUAUCCACAUUUUUCAUGAAUGGUUCAUUAUUUGAAUUGAAAGCUUUAAGUAGGACAAUUGAGAAACAAUGUCUUGAUAUAAUAGAGUUUGUUAAAGGAUUGAACAAACAAGAUGAAAAGAAGACUCAAUGGCUUACAAUUUGGUCAGAUAAAUUC